UGUGCAUACGUGAUGUAACGAGUCGUAAUCGUGUUCGCAUUUUCAAGUAUUUUUAUUAACCGGCGUAAAUGUUCAACCGAAAGUGAACCGAUCUUUUAUCUUUUACCUUCGGACGUGCCGAUAUUAAAGAUGUUUUGAGAUACGUAGCAUUGUUCGUUCGAUACUUAUGCGAUGAAAAAUGGUGAAAAUGAAGGGAGAAUCGAUCGAUGUUGAGAAACGAAUGAAUCGUGACUCACCGAGUAUGAAGGAAAAUAUGCAUAACGACGAUUGCGAUGUCGAAGCGGAAUUGACCAGUCUUUCGUGGUUACAAUCGCUCGACAUUACGAGUGCUUCUAGUUUGCCAACGCCUCCUUGUUCUCCAUCUCCACCACCAGUGACGCGACAACCAAGGAAAAAGCUUUCACCCUUGAUUAAGGCCGAAUUAGAUCUAGCUGCAAAUGCCGACAAAUAUCGAACUGAUCCUGACGCAAAACCGCCAUUUUCAUACGCCACCAUCAUUUGCCUGGCGAUGCGUGCGAAUAAUAACAAAGUGUCUCUUUCAAACAUAUACGCAUGGAUUCGAGAAAAUUUCUUAUUUUACAAAUAUGCCGAUCCUGCUUGGCAGAAUUCAAUUCGACACAACCUAUCGUUGAAUAAAUGUUUCGUCAAAUUACCACGUUCGAAAGAUGAGCCAGGCAAAGGCGGUUUCUGGAAAUUAGAUUUGGAGAGAAUGGAAGAAGGUAGAAAAUCGAAACGGCGGGCAACCAUGUCCCAACGAAUUCGCGGAUCGAAGAAAUUAACAUCUGGAAAAACAACGGUAACGAACGAUGCACAAAGUAAUAGUGCUCCAUCGAUCAAUUGUCCCUCUACCUUGUACGAGACUCCGCCCAGUAGCGUAUCUCCUCCGAUUCCGGAUUGUCUCUCAGAAAUUCCUGACUCUACGCAAGUCAGUUUAAGCGAGGAUGAUCUAACCGGUUUGUUAAUCGCUACCGCCGGUUGGGACGAGAAUCAAUUGGAUCUCUUAGAUUCCCUUCUCGACACCCUGUAAGAAGGUUUUCUGAACCUCUCCUAUUUAUGCAAAUUCAAACACAUUUACUUACGUUUAACUUCCUCGACUUCUCAUUCACCCGGAACAAAUUGUACGCAGCUCGGCCGAUAAGUAAGUUAUUUCUUCCUCUCUAACUUAACGCGCUCUGAAGAUAACAACAGAAAAAUUUUUCUUAAAUAGCUACAACAUAGAUGUUGCAAUGUUCGUUGUCGAUAUAGAGGAAAUAUUUCAAUUGCAUCCAAAUCGAUCCAAGAUUCGAUACGAGAUUCUACGAGAGGAAAACAAAUUAUUCUUAUCAUUUUAUCCCUCGGAAUGCAAGAUUAAAAUAAUAUCGGGACGCAAAAUUGUUUAAAGAUUCCUUGAGAAUUAAUAAUUCGAAUGUAAAUUUUUUUCUUAGUGAUACAUUUUUUUUCUAUUAUAUUAGAAGGAGACAGGAAAGGGGAAUAAUUUACUUAUUGACCGACUCACGUAAAUUUCCAAAGCUUUUCCUCGAUGUGAAACGAAUUUAAAUAUAUAUAUAUAUAAUAUAUAAAAAACUGGAGCCAACUUUACAAAAAUCUGUGUAUUCAAUGAUUUACAAUAUUUGUAAUCCAAUAGAAAUAAUUUUUAAUACAUCAUCUGGAAAAGUUUAGAGUAAAUAUCGUUGUGAAACAUAUCGAUGGCUGACCGAAAUAAAACUUCGCUACUGUGCAUAGCAUAACGUUGGGAAAAUGAUACAGCAAACCAGGGCACACAGGCAAUGGAAUAAUUCGUUAUUUUAAUCGAACAAUGCUGCGCGAUCUUUCGGCCAAUGUGUUUAUUUUUCCGUGUUUAUUUUUUAAUCGAUCGUUGGAAUUAUAGAGAAUAAUCAAUUGGAUUUCGAAUUUUCUUGCUUAAUAAUUUUUCUAACUUUGUGCAAAAUGAGUUAGAUUUUUUUUUUUUUUUUGAAUUUUGUUUGGCUUUUCAUCUUUGUAACGAUUGUCAAAUUUAUUUAUCCUUAUUUAGCCUAAAAAAUUUCUAUCUAUUUUAGAAAUACUUUAUUCGUUACUUUACGAGUUAUAGGAAUAUAAAUCGUGUACACGAAUCGAAAUUGUAUAUUUAAAUCAUUAAAUACACAGGAUAACUGGUAAUGCCCUUUUUCUGGAUAAAUAAUCAAAUUUUAGUCA